AUGUAUCGCGUUCCAGUUUCAAAUGUUUCGGAGGUCGAUGACGAACUUCAUCAAGAGCUGCUGGUAGAAGAGAACUCGGACAUUGACAGCGACGUAGCAUCGGACAUCGCAGAAGAGGUCAUCAGUCGUUUAAUCGCAAAGGAGCGAGUUUCAAAACAGGUCGAGCUACAAACCACCGCUGUCGAGCAUUUAAGCACAGUGUGUACCCCCGCUAAAUCCAGCGAGACGGCAGUAAAGGAUGCUUUCCGUCGCGUCGUAUCAACGGAACCCGAUGAUAGCCAACCACCAAAGCAGGAGAUGCGACGACCGAAGCCUCCUAAAGUUAGGAAGCGUGACAUUAUUGAGGUAUGCUUUCAUGACUCCAGUUCGAUAGUCUAA